CUUUCAUACUCCCUUCACCAUGCUAUUCCUCCUCCUCCUCCCCCUCCUCGCCCUUAACGCCCUUUCCUCCCCAACACCCGACCUCUUACCCCGCGACCCUGCCCUAAAACCCUACCAACUCCGAGGCGUCCAGUCCCCUAUCUUCCACCUCUAUCUCCAAUCCCUGCCCUCCUCCAAAUCGACCCCAGUAAUGGGCCCCGAAUCCUCCUCCGAAUACUUCAACCUCGAUUCUUCCAUUCAAAGCUUGAAUUCUAGUUUGUAUUUGAAUAUUGGGCCCAAGGUUGAUGGGAAGAGUUAUUUGCCGUUGAGCCUUGAUGCUACGAGUAAUACAACUGCGUGGGCGUUGGAGGGUGAUACGGUUAUUACUUCCACGGCGAGUACUUAUGGCAGACAACUGAACUUCCUGGCUUGUGCGUCGAGCACGAGUGGAUACUAUACCAUUUAUCUACAAACUGGCAGUGAUGUACCAAGUGGGGUAACUUGCAGCAAUUACCAGACAAUCCAUACGCCCUGUCUCUGCUAGGAUUUGAUUCAAUUGAGAAUCUGCGCACCGAGAGAAAGUCGCCGCCAUGGAGCUUGGAGGUCGAAUACGGGGCGAAAAGAAUAGGCAGACUUCAGUGCAGAUAUUCAAAAUCAAACAACCCAUCAUAUCGUCCAAACAUUGAAUUCUCAUAAAUUCAUAACC